AAAACUCCACGCCCUCAUUCAUACCUGGAUCCUGAAGACAUGCCAAAGGAGCUUGAUUGGAGAUCUAUCCCAGGCAAGGGAAACUUUGCUAGUGUGACCCGGAAUCAACACAUUCCUCGAUACUGCGGUUCUUGCUGGGCUUAUGGGACAACUAGUGCCAUGUCUGACAGAAUCAACAUCCUUAGGAAUGGAAAGUGGCCAAGCAAUCUCUUAUCAGUGCAGAAUGUCUUGGACUGUGGUAAGAAAGCUUUAUCAUCGUGCCAUUUAUUACGUAAGGUAGUAGAAGUGUUAUGCCAGUGUUUGGAUAUCUAAAAUCUUGAAACUGUCCCUUUGCCAUGCCUACUCUGUCCCCUGGUCCACUUACCCCACCCUAGUUACACACAUGAAUCAAUCAGAGCCCCCAUAUCCUGAAAAUUUAUAGUUGUGUUGAACGUAGAACUAAUCAACAAUCACACCUGUGGCUGCAACAAUGAAAAUAGUCUUUGACAGUGAUGUAAAACACAAAAGAUGCAGAAGCUGUAACCUGAACUCUAAAGGCAAAACAUUUUGGGAUUUUUACAAUUUAAAUCUAAAUGCCAGACAAUAGCACAGAAAAGCUCAAAAUACCAUUUUACCGUUACCAGGAAUUUUGGUCUGUUUGUGCAGGAGACAGGGAGUUUUCUGCCUUUUCGUGGACCGGGAGAGGAGGCUUCAACAGGUGUUUCCGUAUACAAAUUUUGUAGAUUUACAACGGUACUGGGUGCCACAAGUUCCAGAUCAUAAGUAGUAAUUAAAAUCUUUUUUUUUAGCUAUCAGGCUUUAUCUCUUGACAUUUUGAUUCCUGCUUCAGCUGUCAAAAUGAGAAACGUGUAAAAGCUAGAAAUACUUCAGGAAUGUUUGUGUUGCGAUGAGUCACAACAAAGAUGAAGACAUGCGAGGAAGCCACAAAUUAUAAACUGGCUGUAAAUUACUUUAAGUUGUUGCUUGCCCUAUGGUUUUCUCACACCUGAUUGACUUUUUCUUUGAAACACAAUGGCAUUCCAGAAGUAUUUCUCAUGUUGUAGUUUUUUCUAAAUUGCAGCACAGUUUAGUAAUGCCACUUAGAUACCAGUGCUUAUGAAUGAUAUGCUUUUUACAACAGGCAAUGCAGGGACCUGCCAUGGAGGUGGAAUGAUUGGUGUAUAUGACUAUGCUUAUUGGGAAGGUAUACCUAGUGAAACCUGCAAUAAUUAUCAAGCCAGAGAUGGAAGGUGCACGGCAUUCAAUCAGUGUGGCACAUGCACCAGGUUCGGAGAGUGCCAUGCUAUUACCAACUACACAAAGUGGAAGGUCAGCGAUUAUGGUAAGAGGUCGUGCUGA